UAACACUAGUAAUGAUGAUCAUCCCAUUAGUUUGAAUUAAAGUGACUGAUUUCACAGUUGUAACGUGUGAUUUCACACUAGUAAUGGAACGAGGUGAGUCGAAAGGUGGUGGGGUGGGUGUGGUGUUGAAAGGAGUUCCGGUUUAUGAUGGGAAGUAUGUGCAAUAUAGUGUGCUUGGAAAUUUGUUUGAGGUUUCUUCUAAGUAUGUUCCUCCGAUUCAACCCGUUGGUCGUGGUGCUUAUGGACUUGUUUGUUGUGCUAAGAAUUCUGAAACAAAAGAAGAGGUUGCGAUAAAGAAAAUAGGGAACGCGUUUGAUAACAGAAUUGACGCGAAGAGGACUUUACGUGAAAUCAAACUCCUUUGCCAUAUGGAUCAUGAGAAUAUUGUCAAAAUCAAGGACAUCAUCCGGCCACCAAACAAGGAAAAGUUUAACGACGUCUACAUCGUAUAUGAAUUAAUGGAUACCGACUUACAUCAAAUCAUUCGUUCGUCACAGCCAUUAACAAACGACCAUUGUCAGUAUUUUCUGUAUCAGUUACUACGCGGGCUUAAAUACAUCCACUCAGCAAACGUGUUACACCGCGAUUUAAAACCAAGCAACUUGCUCCUUGAUGCAAACUGUGACCUAAAGAUUUGUGACUUUGGGCUUGCUAGAACCACAUCCGAAACAGAUUUCAUGACCGAAUAUGUCGUAACCAGAUGGUACAGAGCCCCGGAAUUACUACUUAACUGUUCAGAGUAUACUGCAGCCAUUGAUAUCUGGUCAGUUGGCUGCAUUUUAAUGGAAAUUAUUUUGAGGGAACCACUUUUUCCUGGAAAAGAUUAUGUUCAGCAGUUAUCUCUUAUAACUCAGCUACUUGGUUCCCCCGACGACUCAGAUCUUGGGUUUCUUAGAAGCGAUAACGCUCGACGGUAUGUUAAACAGCUACCCCAUGUCCCAAAGAAGACCUUUCAAGAAAAAUUCCCACAUGUGUCCCCAGUGGCUAUGGAUCUUGCACAAAGAAUGUUGGUUUUUGAUCCUGCCAAACGCAUAACUGUGGAGGAAGCAUUAAACCAUCCAAUGGUGAGAAAUCUUCAUGAGAUCAAUGAGGAACCCACAUGUCCAUCACCUUUUGUGUUUGAUUUUGAACAAGCCUCUUUAAGUGAAGAUGAUGUGAAACAACUUAUUUGGAAAGAGUCUUUGAAAUUUAAUCCUGAAAAUGGUUUAAGCAUUCAAUAAACCAAAUGAGUUUUUAUGUUUUCAUAUAGAUCUUUACAUGUAUUGAUCGUUUAUGUUUGUGUGGAUUCUUGAUUUAUUAAUUUUCUGUAUAAUAACAAUAGUAAAAUGUAUGUGUAUCAUAGGAACCGGUUUAUUACGACUAUACAUAUGAGUUGAAGUGUUGAACUUUUACAAAUA